CGAGAUUUGCCUCGUCCGCUUUCAGACUCCAUGACCCGCGCGCCGCGAUCGUUCAUGACGCCCCUCCGCGCGUCGAGCGGCGCUCGUAUCCCCGCUCAGAUGGACUAACGAGCGACCCGCGAGGAUGGAGAGCGUUAAACUGAAGAAGAGCGGCGCUCCGAGUGCGGCCUUGAGAUCCGCCGCCGAUGAAGACGACGACGAAGGCCAGGGAGCGUCGAAGCCGCGUCAGAACCGGAGCCCCGCCGAGCUGAGGAAGAGGAGGGUGAGGAGGCACGCGUCGCUGGACCGGCAGAGACACCGAGCCGCCGCUCCGCUGCAGCUGUGCGACCGGCAGUGGGUCCGCCAGGACCUGCGCCGCGGCUCCGUUCACGUCCAUGACCGGCUGACGGUGCGGUCGCUCCCGCCGCGGCUCGUGCUGUGCACCGCGGACUGCACCGCGGCCGACAUCGCGCAGCGCCUGAGCGGCAAACCGGGCUCGGUCCUGAGGCUCGCCGCCAAGACGGACGUGAACGGGAACUGCGACGGCGACCGGCUGCGGCUGCUGCUGCUGGAGAAGGAGCACCGGUUCCGGUUCGACAUCUGCACCGAGCCCCAGGACGAGGACUCCGUCAAACGGUCCGCGGGCUCCGAUGUGGAGAGCAGCAGCGACCUGAGCUCCGGGGCCCGGUUCAGCCGGCACCGGGACUCGCUCAGCGACGACAUGACCCUGGGUACCGACGCUUCGGCGCUCGAGGGCCUGGACGCGUACGGCAGCUCCUCGGACGAGCUGGAGCUGGACUGUCCGGUAACGGAUGGAGCCGAGGCGGGUCCCGCCGGUGACUGGGACUCCGGACCGGCGCUGUACGUUCAGCUGCACGGCGAGGCGGCGCGGCGCCUGGGGCCCGAGGAGAGGCCCCUGCAGCUCCAGAACGACUUCCUCUUCAAGCUGGGGUUUAAGGACCCGUGGCGGGUUCAGGAGGAGGGCAUGAACACCGAGCUGGGCUCGCUGCUGCGCUUCUACGCAGGAAAACCUCACAGCAUCGAGAGCUCUGAGCGCAUCCAGCUCUCCGGAACGUAUAACGUACGGAAAGGAAAGCUGCAGCUGCCGGUGAACCGCUGGAGUCGACGGCAAGUGAUUUUAUGCGGCACUUGUCUGAUGGUGUCCUCCGUGAAGGCCAGCCAUACGGGCAAGAUGCACAUCCUGCCACUGAUCGGAGGAAAGGUGGAAGAGGUGAAGAAACACAGUCACUGUUUGGCCUUCAGCUCGGCGGGACCUCAGAGUCAGACCUACUACAUCAGCUUCGACAGCUUCACCGAACACCUGCGCUGGCACCGGCAGGCGGCGAAGGUGCGUGUGUGUGUGUGUGAGAGAGAUGUCCUCUGUACCUCGAACCUGAUGAAGUGUCUGUCAUGUGUGUGCAGUGAAUGCAGUGAGUUGUUUCUCCGUCUCAUCAGUCUGAAUCAGAUCUCCGCUGUGUUGCCGGACGAGCCAGAGUUUCUGCAUCACGUGACGCAGCUGGAUGUGAGAGACAACUGUCUGAGCGAGCUGGACGCGUCUGUCUUCCCACGGCUGGAGGUGCUGCACUGUCAGAGGAACCGCAUCAGGCGUCUGUGUCUGCGUGGCUGCGCGCUCAAGGCUCUCUACGCCUCCAGCAACGAGCUGCAGGAGCUAGACCUGAGUCCCGCCGCCGCCAGCCUCACACACGUGGACAUCUCCAGGAACUGCAUGAAGGCUCUUCCUGAUUGGCUGAGUGACAGCAGGAAGCUGGAGGUUCUAGACGUCAGUCACAAUCACAUCGCUGAGCUUCCUCCGUGGCUGCUGUGCAGUGCGAGUCUGAGGAAGAUCCUGGCGGGUCAUAACCAGCUGAAGCGUCUGCCGGAGCGUGUGGAGCGUCCAGCGGUGGAAGUGCUAGACCUGCAGCACAAUCAGCUCAUCCAGCUUCCCUGCAACCUCUUCCUCAAAUCAGAGAGUUUGCGGUGUCUGAACGCAUCAGCUAAUAAGCUGGAGAAUCUGCCGGCGUCCAGCCUUUCAGAGGAGAGCAGCAGCGUCCUGCAGGAGCUUUACCUGACCAACAACCACCUGACCGACAGGUGUGUGCCGCAGCUGACCGGACACACACACCUGAGGAUCCUGCACAUGGCCUACAAUCACCUGCAGACCUUCCCAGCCAGUAAAAUGGCCAAGCUGGAGGAGCUGGAGGAGCUGGACCUGAGUGGGAACAGGCUGAAGGCGGUGCCAACCACCAUCAUGAACUGCAGACGCAUGCACACACUAGCAGCUCACUCCAACUGCAUCGAGGUGUUCCCCGAAGUCCUGCAGCUCACCGAGAUGAAGUGUGUGGAUCUGAGCUGUAACGAGCUGAGUGAGAUCACUUUACCUGACAGUCUACCUCCUAAACUUCAAGAGCUGGAUCUGACGGGAAACCUGCGGCUGAAUCUGGACCACAAGACCCUCGAGCAGCUCAAUAACAUCCGCUGUUUCCGGAUAGACCCGCCCCCUUCCUCGUUCUCAGCCAAUGAGGUGGCAGGAGGGCCGGCUGUCUGGAGUCACGGCUUCACCGAAGCCUCGGGCGUCAAAAACAAACUGUGUGUGGCGGCUCUGUCGGUGAACAGCUUCUGCAGCAGCAGAGAGGCUCUGUACGGCGUGUUUGACGGAGACAGGAACGUGGAGGUGCCGUAUUUACUGCAGUGCACCAUGAACGACAUACUGGCCGAGGAGCUCCACAGGACCAAGAGCGAGGAAGACUACAUGACCAACACCUUCCUCGUCAUGCAGAGGAAGUUGGGCACAGCAGGGCAGAAGCUGGGCGGUUCGGCGGCGCUCUGUCACAUCCGGCACGACCCCACUGACCCCGCCGGCUGCUUCACCCUCACCGCCGCUAAUGUGGGCAAGUGUCAGGCGGUGCUGUGCCGCGACGGCAAGGCGCUUCCGCUGUCACUGCUGCACAACAUCAGCAUCAAGGAGGAACACAACCGCGUGCAGCAGCAUAAAGCCAUCAUCACUGAGGACAACAAAGUGAACGGCGUAACAGACUCCACACGCAUCAUGGGCUAUUCGUUCCUCUACCCGGCGGUCUUGCCUCGCCCGUACGUCACCACGCUCCCGCUGACCCCCAGAGACGAGUUCUUCAUCCUGGGCAGCAGAGGUCUGUUUGAAGUCUUGGACCUUAGCGAGGCGGUGGAAGCCGUACGGAAGGUUCCCGACGCGCUGGCGGCCGCCAAGAAGCUGUGCACGCUGGCGCAGUCGUACGGCUGCACCGAUAGCCUCAGCGCCGUGGUGGUGCAGCUCAACGUAGCGGAAGACUGUUGUUGUUGCUGUUGUGCGGCGUCUGCGGAGCCCGGCUCCGGAAGCAUGCAUGCGCCGCCGAGCCCCGGACUGUUCCCGGCCUCCUCCGCCGGCAUGCCUCCGUCCUCCUGCAGCGAGAUCAGCUCCGAGGUCAGUGCGUCCGAGAUGAGCUCCGAAGUGGGAUCCACCGCAUCCUCGGACGAGCCGCCGCUCCUGCUGCAGGAGGCGCAGCUCCACCUUCAUCCGCAGAGCCACCCCAACCCGCGCCUCCCCUGCUGCUCGCUCCACCUCACUCCCAACUCCGGAAGCUCCUUCCAGAGGCAGCUUUCCAGUGCCACCUUCUCCAGCGCGCUCUCGGACAACGGCUUGGAUAGCGAGGACGAGGAGCCCAUCGCCGGAGUCUUCUCCAACGGCAGUCGGGUGGAAGUGGAGGCUGACGUGCACUGUCUGCUACCCCUGCCUCCACCUCCUCCACCCUGCACCCCAGAAACCCCGGAGAAGCUUCCGGAGGAGGCUGGGAACCUUGCGGGAGCGGAUGCUUGGAGCAAGACCUUGGGGAGGCGGAGGGGAAACGGCUCGGUGGCACCGCAGGAGCAGAGCCACAACUUGAUUGAGGUGGCGACUGAAGCUCCUUCUAAGAAACCUGGGGGUUACUUCACGGCGCCGGCUCAGCCCGACCCCGACGACCAGUUCAUCAUCCCUCCGGAGCUGGAGGAGGAGGUGAAGGAGAUCAUGAAACAACAUCAGCAGGACCAACAGAAGCCGGCCAAGAGCGAGCGACCUGCGGACUACUACGACACGCCGCUCUGAAGCAGGCACUGCAUUCUGUCAUCAUCUACUCACCCUGAUCUUGUUGGCUUUAAUACACACUUCUUGAACGUAGGGCUGGGCGAUAUAGCAAAAAGUAGAAUCUUGAUUUUUUUUUUUUUUCAGAACGUUUGACCGAUUCAAGAUAAUGUCGAUUUUAACUUGUCAACUUGAAUCAUGUUGUAGUUAUGUUUUUAAGUAAUAUUCACUUCCAAAACCAUCCAUUUAAAGAAAGUUAUUUUUCAAGCGUUCCACACGUUUUAGAGGUCGACUCAAAAGAUCAAGCCAAUUCAAAUCAGAGCUGUCAAAAUGGCUGAAAAGCUCAAUUCGAAUUUUGUACUUAAAUAUUAUC